UCAUCGAGAGCGGGUGACGAUGGCGGACCCAGUAGAGCAGAAGAAGAAAAGGACCUUUAGGAAAUUCACCUAUCGAGGUGUGGAUCUGGACCAGCUCCUUGAUAUGUCCUAUGAACAGUUGAUGCAAUUGUAUUGUGCUCGACAGCGGAGGCGUGUGAACAGGGGUCUGCGCCGUAAGCAGCAAUCCCUCCUGAAGAGGCUGCGCAAGGCCAAAAAGGAAGCUCCGCCUAUGGAGAAACCCGAAGUCGUUAAGACACAUCUUCGUGACAUGGUUAUCCUUCCAGAGAUGGUUGGCAGCAUGGUUGGUGUAUACAAUGGCAAAACGUUUAACCAGGUUGAAAUCAAGCCUGAAAUGAUUGGCCAUUACCUUGGAGAGUUCUCCAUCACCUACAAACCCGUCAAGCACGGCAGACCCGGUAUUGGUGCCACUCACUCCUCCAGAUUCAUCCCUCUGAAGUAGUGAUUUACUGUGGAAAUAUGUGUAAAUAAAACUCAUUCCAAAAAAAAAAAAAAAAAAAA